CGGGGGGCUCCCGGCCCUGCUCUCCGCGGAGGGCCCGAAAACCGAAGGGGCAGAACUGCAUGCAAAUGGAACUGGUCGCAAAGACCCUGUUUCUCCGCCGCUUCCAAUUCUUCAACUCUUUCCUGGAGCAACUGCGCGACAAGGUGCAUCUAUUGCGGAGGCCUCAGUUCUCCUUCCGGACAACCGUAGGCGUAGCUGCCUUUAUGGGAGUUUUGCACUGGAUACAUUUAGUAACACUUUUUGAAAACGAUCGCCAUUUUUCUCACCUCUCAUCUUUGGAACGGGAGAUGACUUUUCGCACUGAAAUGGGACUUUAUUACUCCUACUUCAAGACCAUUAUCGAAGCACCUUCAUUUUUGGAAGGACUGUGGAUGAUUAUGAACGACAGGCUCACCGAGUAUCCCCUCGUCAUUAACACGGUGAAACGCUUCCACCUUUACCCAGAGGUGAUUCUAGCCUUCUUGUAUCGCACAUUGGUGGGAAUAAUGAACUUAUUUGGGCUAGAAACUAAGACCUGCUGGAAUGUUACCAGAGUAGAACCUCUAAAUGAAGUUCAAAGCUGUGAAGGAAUGGGAGACCCUGCUUGCUUUUAUGUUGGUAUGAUUUUUAUUUUAAAUGGAAUGAUGAUGGCGUUGUUCUUCAUAUAUGGUGCGUAUCUGAGCGGGACUCAUCUUGGAGGUCUAAUCACAGUAUUAUGCUGCUUUUUCAACCAUGGAGAGGCCACCCGUGUGAUGUGGACCCCACCUCUCCGGGAGAGUUUUUCUUACCCGUUCCUCGUGCUUCAGAUGUUCAUUUUAACUUUGAUUCUCAGGACCUCGAACAACAGCAGGAGGCAUUUCAUGGCGCUGGGCCUUGCCAACGUCGCUUUCAUGCUGCCUUGGCAGUUUGCGCAGUUUAUACUCUUUACCCAGAUAGCCUCGCUAUUUCCUAUGUAUGUUGUGGGGUACAUUGAGCCAAAUAAAUUCAAGAAGAUCAUUUAUGUGAACAUGAUUUCAGUCCUCCUUUGUUUUGUAUUGAUGUUUGGAAAUCCAAUGUAUUUAUCUUCUUACUAUUCUUCAUCUUUGUUAAUGACAUGGGUGGUAAUUCUGAAGAGAAAUAACAUUCAAAGAUUGGGAGUGUCUGAACUCAACUUUUGGCUAAUUCAAGGUUGUGGUUGGUUGUGUGGAACAAUAAUUUUGAAAUUUCUGACAUCUAAAAUCUUGGGCGUCUCGGACCAUAUUCGCCUGAGUGACCUCAUAGCUGCGAGAAUCUUAGGGUACACAGAUUUCCAUACCUUAAUCUACACCUGUGCUCCCGAAUUUGACUUUAUGGAAAAAGCGACUCCGCUGAGAUACACAAAGACAUUAUUGCUUCCACUUGUAAUGGUGAUCACUUACUUCAUCUUUAAAAAGCUGAUCUUCCACACGCUGCAGCUGUUUGCCUUUUCCGCCCUUGCCGUCCUCAUCAUGAGGCUGAAGCUGUUCCUGACCCCGCACAUGUGCGUGAUGGCGUCCCUGAUCUGCAGUUGGCGGCUCUUUGGCUGGCUUUUUUGCAGAGUUCGUUUUGAGAACGUUAUGUUUGGCCUCCUAACUGUCAUGUCCCUACAAGGUUGUGCGAACCUCCGUAAUCAGUGGAGCAUAAUAGGAGAAUUUAAUAAUUUGCCUCAGGAAGAACUGAUUCAGUGGAUCAAACACAACACCAGAACAGACGCUGUGUUCGCGGGGGCCAUGCCGACCAUGGCGAGUGUGAAGCUGUCCACCCUGCGCCCCAUUGUGAACCACCCGCACUACGAGGACGCAGACCUGAGGGCCCGGACAAAAAUAGUUUAUUCUAUGUAUAGUCGAAAAUCUACAAAAGAAGUAAGAGACAAAUUGUUGGAGUUACAUGUGAAUUAUUUUAUUUUAGAAGAGGCAUGGUGUGUUGUGAGAACCAAGCCCGGUUGCAGCAUGCUAGAGAUUUGGGAUCUGGAAGACCCUUCCAAUGCAGCGAACCCCCCCUUAUGCAGUAUCCUGGUCAAGGAUGCCCGGCCUUACUUCACCACGAUGUUUCAGAACAGUAUGUACAGAGUACUGAAGGUCGGCUGAGGCCGCGACCGCCCGCCGCACUGUGGUGCAGAUGUGCACCGCAGACGGUCAUUCUGGCUUGUUUACAUUGAUCGACAUCACAGGCCUUAGUCAGGGACCCUUAAAAAGAAGAAAAUAAAGCAAUUUAGUUUUUCCGAUUGCUAAAGGAGGGUACAUUAUUUCAUUGUUUUCCAUUGAAUGUCAGCCUUAUUAAGCUUGCAUUUAAAUAAUUAAAUCAUUUCAUACUGCAUAACAAAUGUUCAUCUUUAAGGUUUAAAAAACAGUAUGUAAAAGAACAAUGAAAUUUAACAAAUCAAAGAGAUGUAAGUCUUUUCAAUCCAACUAGGUGAAUUGCUUCAGGUUUUCUCUAGUACCAGGGCAUACUGGUUCCGACUCUCUAAACCACUUGGACAGAGUAAAGCUGUUCCUGACACAACACCUCAGACCCCGAUACUGACCUCGGGGUCACAACCUCUGACCUCUGCGGGGAAAUUUGUUUGUGACCAUGCCACCACUAAGAUUGUUCCUGCUUUCACUAGCCUCUGGGAAGGUCUUUAAUAGCUUUUAAUAACUUUUUAUCGCUUCAAGUUAAGUAUUUUUACAAACAGCUUACUCUGUAAUGUUUUGAUCCUCUCGAGUCUAUUUAACCAACCAGAUAAGUAUUUUUUCCAUUGAUUAAUUCUCUAAGUUUAGCAGCUUAUUCAUCUGUCUUUAGAAUCCAGUGGUUUUUCUUUUAAUAUCCAGGCAAAAUAAAAAAUUGCUAUCGUACAUGAUAUAAUUUUGGCUGAAAUAUAAUCAGAAAAGAAACUCCAGUUAAAUUUAUCAAAUGAAAUUUUAAGAUUCUAGAUCUUGAAUUAAGCAAAUGCAUUUUGUCUUGCUAGCCUUGCAGCUCAUCGGACCGGGCCUUUGUUUUUUUUUUCUGGUCACCGUCAUUUGCAGUAACGUAGUUUAAGUCCUUUUCAACUUUCAGAGUUGCAAAACAUUUCACUGUAGGACACAAAGCAGCUGAGAAAGCAUGCCACAGUUUAUUUAUUUUAGCAUUUUCAAAUAAUUUGUUUCAGUGUGUGGACAAAGAAGAAAGAGGCAUAACACCUGACAUUCAUCAAGUUACUGUAAUACAUACUAGACGGUGUUUGCAUAGGAAACAUUUUUUAAAGUUGGCAGAAUUAAAUGACAACAACAAAAUGGGACAAGUUGUAGUAACUUAUAAAAUGUUCCAUGUAAAUAUAAUGUAUUAAUAUGGGUUUAUGUAACUUUCAUGCGC